ACCCCGCCCCGCUUCCCGCCCGGCGCUGAGCCCCCGCCGCAGAGCCCACCCCGGCACCAUGCAUUCCCUGGAGGAGCCCCUGGACCUCAAGCUGAGCAUCUCCAAGCUGCGAGCUGCCCGCGAGAAGCGGGGCCCGUCCGGCCCCCGAGCCCGCGCUGCCCAGCGCCCCGACACCCCGCCGGCCGGGGAGGGCCGAGGGGGCGCCCGGGGGGUCCGCAGGGCCGUGCCAGCCUCGCCGUCGCCCGCGCUCCUGGGACACUCCCGGCUGGGGGAGCCGCGGGACGGGCGCUUCCCGGUGCCCGUGGUGGAUCUCAGCCUCUCGCCCCGCUCCGGGGGGGACUCUCCGGCGGGCAGCGCCUCGCUGUCCCCCGAGCGCCAGGGCAGCGGGGACCUGCCCGGCCCCCUCACCCCACACGAUUUCCAGUCCCUGCGCUACAUCGAUGGCCUCCCCAGCUCCUUCCAGUUCUUCCUGCCGCUGGGGGCCGGGGGGGCCCUGCACCUGCCCCCCGCUGCCUUCCUGCCCCCCAGCAAGGAGAAACGGCUCCCCCCCGAGCUGCCCCUGCCCAAGCAGCUCGUCUGCCGCUGGUCCAAGUGCAACCAGUUCUUCGACCUCCUGCAAGACCUGGUGGACCACGUCAACGACUUCCACGUGAAACCCGAGAAGGACGCGGGGUACUGCUGCCACUGGGAGGGCUGUGCCCGCCAUGGCAGGGGCUUCAACGCCAGGUACAAGAUGCUGAUCCACAUCCGGACGCACACUAACGAGAAGCCACAUCGCUGCCCCACCUGCAACAAGAGCUUCUCCCGCCUGGAGAACCUGAAAAUCCACAACCGCUCGCACACAGGCGAGAAGCCCUACAUCUGCCCCUACGAAGGCUGCAACAAGCGUUACUCCAACUCCAGCGACCGCUUCAAGCACACCCGCACGCACUACGUGGAGAAGCCCUACUCGUGCAAGAUGCCGGGCUGCCACAAGCGCUACACCGACCCCAGCUCCCUCCGCAAGCACAUCAAAGCCCACGGGCAUUUUGUGUCUCCCGAGCACCCGGAGAUGCUCAAGGUCCACCCGCCUCCCAAAACGCCCCUGGGCUCGGCGGAGGUGCCCUACGUUAACGGGGCGCAGCUCGUCAUCCCCAACCCCGCCGCCCUGUUCGCCCCGCCGGGGCUGCCGGCGCUGCCCAUCCCGCUGGCACCGGCGCCGCUCGAUCUCAGCGCCCUGGGCUGCGGGGCUGCGGCCGCGCUGCCCGCCCUGCCCGGCCCCGUCCUGCCCCUCAACGGCGGCCCCCUGAACUUGGCCAAGAGCCCGCUGCUGCCCUCGCCCUUCGCGGCGGGGCUGGGGCUGCCCGUCAUGUCGCUGCUGGCCGGCGGGGCCAAGGCCGAGGGGGAGAAGGGCGGCGGGGCUGAGGGGCGGCCGCCCAAGGCGGGCAAGGGGCUGGAGAGCCGCAAGGAGAGGGGCGAAAGGACGGAGCCGGGCCGGCCGCGGGUGCCCCCCGAGAGCCUGGCGCUGCUGCCGGGGGCCGUGCUCGACCUGUCGGCCGGUGUCAGCUCGGGGGGCAGCCCCGAGGCGCUGCCCCCGGGCUGGGUGCUCAUCCCCCCCGGCUCCCUGCUGCUCAAACCCGCCGCCGUCAACUGA